AAAUUCCCGAAUCUCACCGAAAUCAAGAAAAUUCCGAGAUCUCAGGCUUCUGUGAGUUCCCGUUGGAUACACUGUACCACCACAAAGAGGAAAGUAAACAUUUUUCUUCCCCCCCCUCUCUCUCUCUCCUCCUCCCACUUUCUCUCUCUUCACUCCACUACCUCCCGCCAUUACCACUCCUCCCUCCUCCCUUUGCUCCUUUUUCUUUAGAGUGAGAGAACAACUUUAGAGCCAGGAACAAUACAUCUGUAUUUGAUGCUUUUUUUGAUAGACUUCAUAAAAAAUCACGAGAGGAAGAAAAAGGCUUACUUUUUCUCAGCAGUUUUCAGGUGAGGUCGAGGUUUUUUUUUUUUUUAAUAACUCAGGCAGGCGUCUGGGCCAAGUUUGCACGAACACAAUUAAUCUUGUCAACAAUCCUAGCGCAGAGUGAGAUCGAUUUGAGUUGGAAUGGAUACGAAUCGACAGAUUCCUCAAUACAGUCACGAUACUAAUCAGCAGCAGAGGCAGGUACCAUCCAGUUCAGGAUUGAUGCGCUACCGGUCCGCGCCGAGCUCCUAUUUCGCAGGCCUAAUCAACAGCAGUGGUAUUGGCAACGAUGUUGUUGAAAACUGCGACGAAUUUCUUGACCCUAGGCAAACAAGUCCGGAAACAGAGCGGAUUCUAUCGAGGCUCAUGUCUGGUGGUGGUGGUACUGGACAAAAUGCUUCAGUAAACGAAGCACUGCAAUCACAGUUUCCAACGGAAUCUGCAAAACACGGGGGAGCUGAGAUUUUUUGUCACAGUGAUCAGCAUCGGCAGCAACAACAGAACAGUAAUUAUUCUUCUGGGUCGAAUAUAAUGUAUCAUAACUCAGUGGCGUCUAAUUCGGGGAUUGAGAGCACCUAUAGAAUGGAAAGUUUGCCUCAGAUGAAAAUCAGUGGCGGUGGCGGUGGCGGUGGUGGUAGUGGAAAUUCUAAUCUUAUUCGUCACAGCAGUUCGCCAGCUGGAUUGUUCUCCAACAUUACUAUCGAAAAUGGUUAUGGUGUGAUGAGAGGCAUGAGGAAUUUCGGUGGUGGUAAUGGUACCAAUGCAGAAGCAUCCUUUCCCUCUCCAAGCAGAUUGGACGGCAAAAGCCAAAUAGAUUUCUCAUCAGCCCCAUCUUCUUCUUUAGGGCGAAUGACCCCUAUCUUGGAAAACCGAAGCAAAAGCAUGGAAAUAACUGGUUUCCCAAUCGGUUCUUGGGACGAUUCAGCAAUCAUUUCUGACAGCUUCUUAAAAGGAAUUGAAGAAGACGAGGACAGAAAGACAUUCUCUGCAAUGAAUAAUGCAUCACAGAAUCAGAAUGCUGAAGGUGGAAUUCGGCCUCCCCACGUGUUAUCUCAUCACUUGAGUUUGCCAACAAGUUCAGCAGAAUUGUCUGCUAUGGAAAACUUAUUGCAAUUUCAAGACUCUGUGCCUUGUAGGAUCCGAGCCAAACGAGGUUUUGCCACUCAUCCACGAAGCAUUGCGGAGAGGGUCAGAAGAACCCGAAUUAGUGAAAGAAUGAGGAAACUUCAAGAGCUUGUUCCGAACAUGGACAAGCAAACAAACACAGCGGACAUGUUGGAUUUAGCUGUUGAUUACAUAAAAGACCUCCAGAGUCAAGUAAAGAUACUUUCGGAUACUCAAGCGAAGUGCAAGUGUUCGACUAAGCAGAGGCCAUAGCGAAAAAGUACUAGGUAUGAAUUGCUUCUCUGUAGAAAGGACUGAAACCGGAGUGAAGAUAGAAAGCAAGCUUGUGGUUCACUUGGGAAAGAUAAUGAGUUCAUGUAGCCUAAUUAUUGGUCAAAUGGUACAUUAUAGAUUUGGUAUAUUGAUGCAAAAAGGUUAUUUGUAUAGUGAUUUCUUCAAGUACAUGGGUCCAAAUGACAUUUAUCUCCUUUGGUGUUCUUAUCUUCUCUUUUCAUGUAGAUGGAAAAAAGUGUUGUAAUGGUGACCUUUACUUAUUGCGCAGGGAACUUGUGGGGCUUCCCAUUUGUCUUA